AUGGAGCUGAAGGAAGAAUGGAUCCUUCCGGACGUGGUGUACGAAAAUCCGCUGCUGAAGCGUACCCUGCUCGGGCUAAAGUACUACGGCAUACUGCUCGGUCAGUCACAAAGCUACAAGAAAGUGCACUGCUUCCGGGGCAUGGUGUUUACCGUAUCGAUGGUGCUGUUUAACUGCACGCAGUACAUCGAUCUGUGGCAGGUUUGGGGCUCCGUUUCGGACAUGACGGCGAACGCGGCCACCACGCUACUGUUCAGCACGACCAUCUUUCGCAUCAUCUUUUUCUACUUUCAUCGGGCGCGAUUUAACAGCAUCAUUAAAGCCGCUCACGACGGUAUCGAGCGGAUCGUGAAGGACGGUUGGACCGAUGAGCAGAGCAUUGUGGGCAGCAACGUGCGCUAUCUGAAGCGGCUUGCCGUUGUCUUCUGGAGCUGCGCCCUAGUGACGGCCAACAUGAUGUGCGUGUAUUCUUUGGUGCAAUAUUUAACGUAUGAAGAAGGACCAUCCGAUGGCACUGGGGCGAGUUCGAACAUCACGCGCAAAGGGCAACCGAUUCCACCAACGCCAAUUCUACGCUCCUGGUAUCCAGCGACCGAUGGCAAGGAUAACCACUUCUUCGAGAUUUACCUCAUCCAGCUGUACAUCAUGUACGUCGGCCAGCUAAUCGUACCGUCCUGGCACAUGUUUAUGGUCACGCUGAUGAUCUACGGCCGCACCGAGUGUAGUGUGCUGAACCAUCGGCUCUGCUUUCUGGAACGCUACCACACGGCUGGAAAGGACGAUCCUACCGCCCCGGUCAACAACGCCGAACGCCGAUCGCUUAUGAUCGAUUGCAUCAAACGACAGGCAAGCUUGGUAUCGUUCACCAGGGAGCUGGAGCAGCUAACGCGUGCCGCCGUGUUCCUUGACUUUGUCGUGUUUUCCGUCCUGCUCUGUGCGCUACUGUUCGAAGCAUCGAUGACGCCGUCCGGGGUGCAGGUGUUUAUCGACGUCUGCUACAUAACCACGAUGACGACGAUUCUGUUCCUUUACUAUUGGCACGCGAACGAGAUACAUGCGUGCGCCGACCGGCUUUCAAUGUCGGCGUACAAAAGUGACUGGUAUCGGUACGAUCGCGGCACGAACCGGAUGCUACAGAUCUUUAUCCUGUACAGCAAUCGGCCCCUUAAAAUGCACGCCUUCUUUAUCUCGAUGUCGCUGGACACGUUUUUAGCGAUUCUACGCGCGUCGUACAGUUAUUUCACAAUUUUAAAGCAAUUAACCGACUAACUUUUAGGCGAAAAGCUUUAUUCACUUAGAAUUUUCAAAAA